AUGAAGAACAUGAUUGGACUACGCUCCGUCUUAUUACUCUCUUCUCUCUUCGGAUCAUGCAUUGGAUACCCAAGCGCCCUGGGUAAUAGGGCCUCCGUCAUUCCUCCUAUAGCGGACCCCUUCUAUGUCCCUCCUCAAGGGUACGAAGACACAGCACCAGGAACUAUCCUACGACACAGAAAGGUUCCCCAUCCUAUCGCCGCAAUAGAACCAGUCGUGCUCAACUUAGCGGGUUCAUACCAGGUAUUGUACCGGUCUAGCGACAACUUCGGCAAUCCUACAGCGACCAUCACCACAGUCCUCGUACCAGAAAAUGCCGACCCCUCCAAGCUCCUCUCCUACCAGAUCCCGGAGGAUUCGGCGUUCUCCAACUGUGCUCCGUCCCACGUCCUUCAAAUCGGCACGACAAGCAGCGACAUUCUAUCCGCGCUGGGUUAUCAAACCCACACAAUCCUCUUCGAGGCGGCCCUAAAGAAAGGCUGGAUCGUAUCGCUGCCGGACUUCGAAGGUCCUCACGCUGCAUUCCUGGCCAAUCGGCGAGCAGGGCAUGCGGUUUUAGACGGCAUUAGGGCUGUCCUUAACACUACCGACUUCACAGGGAUCUCCCCUUAUGCCUCCGUUUCCAUGUGGGGGUAUUCCGGCGGGAGCCUUGCGACUGGAUUUGCCGCGGAGUUGCAACAAUCCUACGCACCCGACCUAGACAUGAUUGUUGGAGCUGUGUUAGGCGGCGUGAUCGGGGAUAUCGAGACAGUGACAUAUACCGUUAACAACGGGCCCUUUGUCGGACUAAAUUUCGGUGGGUUUCAUGGUAUUGCGAACGAGUAUCCCAACAUCGCAACAUUAAUCCAAGAGCAGUUGGUGGAUGAUGCCACGAAGAGGGCGAAGUUUGAGGACGCAAACCACAACUGUUUCAUUGCCAACCUGCUAGAAUACGCCUUUGAGGACUGCUUCUCGUAUUUCAAGGACAGAAACAUCCUAGGAUAUCCUCAGUUCCAGCAGGCGUUCAAGGACAACAACCUGGGGUCGCGGACCCCGUCUAUGCCUAUAUUCGCUUACAAGGGUUAUCUGGAUGAAGUCAGCCCAUCUAGUGGCACGGAGACUAUUGUGUCCAAGUACUGUGCUUCCGGAGCAACAGUAAAUUAUAAGGACGUUUUGACACAUGAGCACAUCCUCCUACAACUGGACGGAUUCCUAGAGCCCAUUGCCUGGUUAGAGAAGAGAAUGAACGGAGAGCCGAUGCAGCCAGGAUGCCAACGAACAAAUGAAUUGCUUCCUCUCGCAGAGUCAGGCUCGUUGGAUACAUUGGUGCUGACGGUGGAAGGGGAAGUCGAUAAUAUCCUACAUGUUUGA